UGAAUGCUAAUUUUCUCUUCUACGUGUAUACAAUUGUUAACGUAGAACAGGUGACCGUUAAAACAUUUAGACACGAAGCAUUUGAAAGACUCUGUGCAAUAAGACUCCGCGCUGUUAUAUUCAAAAAAAUCUAAACAAAAUUGUACAGAUACUUAAACUGACCAGUAAAUUUAUGGACAGUUGUAUAAAUGAUGAUAGGCAAUUUGGUGAUCAUGAAACUCAGGAGUCAGAAGUGGAAGCUGAUCUUUACAGACAUUUCGUUUCCUGUAAGAAGAAUCCAGAUCAUAGAGAAUUUAUACCUAUAGAUAAAUUCACAUUGAAAGAUCUUCCAGAAAGUCAUCAAGAUAUUGAUUUGUAUGAAUACAUAAAAGCUACAGCUGAUUUAACAGUUAGAGUAAAUGUCGAAAAAAUUAGUCCAAACAGACCACAGUUUUGGCCGGAGACGUCUCGACCAUAUCCAUAUUAUAGUAUGUAUGGAUCAAGUAAGACUAGAACAGGGAGUGGAAGGGUAUGGUUUGUAACUAAAUUUCACAAUGGAGAGAGAAAAGAUGGAUAUUUUACAGGACACACUGAAUACACAAAGUGUUGGUGUUUAAACUGUUACAAUUCGAAAACACCAAGCCAUUUGUGGUGGGAGUUUAAUGUUGACACAGCCACACAUGUUGUUUUUGAUAAUUUUGAGGCCAACAACACAUCAUUAAGAUUUUUUUAUAAUAGAGAGGAAAACCCAGUUGUGAGUGUCAAAAAGAUCGCUCUCGAUUAUAAAAACAUUGAGCAUGACUGGUGUAGGUUGAAAUGUGUGACAUGUGAUGAGAUGUUAGGAAAUAAACUAAUGCAAAUAGAGAAACUUUAUAAGCAAGUCUGUGAGAAAGUCAGAGACAAAAACAUUAAUUCUAGAGAUAAUUACAAGUUAAACUUUAUAGUAUCACAUCCUCAUGGGUGUGCGAAACAUAUCAGUAUUGGUCAAUGGAAAGACAAAGAAAAAAUUGGCUACAGAACUAUGUUUACCUAUACGACUUCUACAUGUCCAGGAAGUAGUGGAGCCUUUGUGUACUGUCUGGGAUAUAAUGAGAGGUGGGGUUGGGCUGAUCUCUUCCACACAGGAACUUUGCAGUCUGGAUUGAAUCACAGUGGGUUUGGAUUUGUUUUGUGAAUUGUUAACCUUAUGAGCUUAUAUUCUAAUAGAAGAUUAUAAAGAUUUGUUUAUCACAUAUAAUAACACACAUUUUACUAACGGAAGUAAUAAUGGCAACAAAACAAUUAUUCUCCCAGGACUCUAUUAUCUCCUCAUCUUUUGCUGAAAUUUGGUCCAUGUCCAACAUCACAAUACAAAUGCAAAGGCAAUUUUGAUUGAUUUAAAAUAAAUUUGGUAUCUCUCUUCUCAGCAUAGUUGACAAAACAAUCGUUAGAGUUUAGAGUUUAUCCAGAGUCUUAUUGUGGAAUCAGGAGUGAUAGGUCCACAAGGUACACGAUAUCAUCUCUAGGAAUGCUGCAGUACAAAAGAAAAUCCAAGAGACACAGGUAUCAAUACAUCAUAUUUAAUGACCUGGGAAAAACCUAUGUCAGUAAGCAGAAAUGAUUUUUAGAAAUUGUUAAGAAAAAUAGGAAGCCGUUCCAAACAACUUUAGCUCUUUAAAUGUUUUCAUGAGGAUAAUAAAUGUAAAGUGACAUUUCAUGGUGCCAAAUCUGCACUUUAUUUAGGCCAGCAGCGGUGUUAAAUAUGGAUGUGUAUUCUGUUUGAAAUAUUCUUUUCCUGCCUGCUGCAUUAUACUUAAUAUGAAUUCAACGAAUGCGUAUUUUUCCAUACAAGAUCUUCAGAAAAAAAAAUUCAUGUAACCUGAUUGAGGGCGAGUAGCAAAGUUAAAAACGUUCUUAACAGGAAACUUCUCUUCGUUAAAAAUGCAGCUAUAGUUUAAAAUCUGCUACUCAGCUUCAGAGUCUGGUUGACAUACUAUCUUCUGCAUUUUAUAAAGUAGGCUUAAAUAUCAGUGAAAGGAAAACCAAAAUACUAGUUAAAAACACAAACAAUGCACCUCCUGAGACCAUUAAAGGUCAACCAAAUGAUAUUGUUGACUGUUUUGUUAAUCUUGGUUUCUUUUAUCUCUAAAGAUAUGUUACUAGAUAAAAACAACAACAGUAUAGCCAUUGGCAAUAGGCACCCUCUCACGGCUACUGAAAAGAGUGUGGAACAAAACCAAUGUCAAAGCAACAGCCUACUAGACCUCUAUGAUAAGCAUUCUGCAAUACGAUUAUGAAACAUUGAAAACCUACUUUGGCGAGAAAAAAAGCAGAAUAUCUUCGACCUCCGUAUUACAAAAAAGAAAAAAAAAACAAUGAAGAAGUGCUGAAAAGACCAGGGUACCGAAACAUUCCGCUGUUUUCAGAAGUAGACACUUUGGUUAACGUGGUUAUGGUCUGAGAAUGCCUAAGAGAAUACAGGAGAUCCGCUGGUCGCCCACCUUUACGGUAGGCCUUUACUUACUUAUGAAAAUGCGACAUGAAGAUCUUAAAAAAAAAAAAAAACAGCACUAACAAUUGUUAAAAAGAUGCACUGGAUAAAUUCACAUGGAGAGCCUACAUAAAGGAAAGGUCCUGGAUUCCAGAUGGUUGUGCACACCCAAGGUAGAAAGGAAAGUUAACUUUCUGCUACUAGUGAUUCCAGUAUAUAUAUAUAUAUAUAUAUAUAUACUAGCCUGACAUUACCAGCGGCCUGCGGGUCUAAGUUUGUGUUAACUAAUCUAGUGGAUUGGAUUUAGAUGUAUGUUAAACAUAGCUAAUGAUCUUUUAAAGUUUUUUCUCUUUCGCUACGAUAUCGCAUUGAUGCUAGUUUAUCCAACGCUUAAGGACUUAAGCUAGAACAACGUAAACUAUGACUGCAUCAGAGACCUGCUAUUCGUAGAUGAAUGUGCCUUAAAUGCAUCAAACGAAGAAGAUAUCUAAAAGAGCCUGUACCUCUUCGCCAACGCCUGCAAAAAACAAAAUUGGCCUCACCAUAAAUGUACAAAAAAAAAAACAAAAGGCUGCACCAACAUUUUCCAAAUAAAUUUGUCACAUAUCCAGACCUUCUUAUACAUGGCCAGAAAUGAGCAAACAUCAAAAGUUUGUCUAUCUGGGAAGUACCAUAUCAGGAAACGCCAACCUAGAUGACGAGGUAAACUUCAGUGUUGCUCGUGCCCAUAUUGCUUUUGGCAGACUUCAAGGACAAGUGUGGCAACUGAGAGGACUCAGCAUAUCCACAAAACUGAAAGUCUACAGUGCUGUAGUUCUUCUGACACUCUUAUAUGAAUUAGAAACCUUGACCUUAUAUUCCCGCCACAUCAAAAAGUUAAAUUUCUUCCAACUAAGCUGUCUUAGGAGUAUCCAUAAGAUGCUUUGGUCCAACCACAUACCAUACACACAAAUCUUAAAGCUGUCCAACAUGAACAGUAUCAAUGCAAAAGUAAAAAGGUGCAAACUUUGAUGGUCGGGACAUGUAGUCCGCAGGUAAGAAAAUCGCCUUCCCAAACGACUUCUGUGUGGGGAGUUGUCUGCGACAAAGCGCUCCCAGGGAGGCCAAUACACGCGCUAUAAAGACACUCUGAAGUACUCGUUCAAUGAGUGCGAUAUCGACAUUCACGGCUGGGAAGCACUAGCUCUCGAUCGCUCUUCAUGAGGUGAAGCUGUGAGUCUCGGAGUCUUGAAAUUUGAAUCAAGAACAGUGGCCAGGUCGAAAAAACGCUGAACCAACUAAAACCUGAGAGAAGAAGCAGACCUAUCUGCAACUGACCAUACCUACAAAUGCCGCAUAUGCAGCCGUCUUUUUAAACUGAGGAUUGGACUUAAAAGUCAUCUUCGAGUCCAUAGAAAACAAGAAACGUGCUAUUUUUUUUUAUUACGAAUUAGGAGCUAUAUAUACUUGUAUACUUUCUUAUUUAUUUGUAAAAAAUUAAAUGUGUAUUAUUUUUUAUUCACCUAGAAUGAACUUUCUUAUUUCGAUUUUUUUUUAAUUUGUACAUUCUAUUUUUAUUAGAUUCUUAAUGUAGUAUUAUAUAUCUGAUUCAAUAUCAUUUUAUUCAUUUUCUUUAUUUAUUUAGAGAAAAACCGCAAGUUCUAUUAAAGCUAGUUUUUUUUAAAUAUUUUUUUUUUCAAAAGAUCGCAAUCCACAUGAAAAGCACGAAAAUAAUAUUACACAAAGUCGUUAUUUUUAAGGCAUUAUUUCUUUCCCAAAAUACAAGCACCCACAUAGGGAAAUCGUGUCAUCUAUUUAUUAUGUGCUUAGUAAGAAAAAAUUUUUUUUUAAAAGAGCGAAAGGUUUAAAACAAUGUAAAGACUACUUUUUGACGUAACAUUUUUACUUGACUUAGACUUAAGUUCUCCCGCGCCGUUCGGCGCAUUGGGCGAAAACCAUUAUUUUUUUAUUAGCUAAGUAAAUAGUUCAUGUGUAUUAGCUGUGUAGAACAAUAAUGUACAUGUGUAUUAUACGUGUAGAUUGAAGAUUAAGAUUUUUGUGUGUAUUAUUUGCCUAAAACAUGAUUGUUCUGGUCUAUUAAAUGUGUAAAAAAGAUUGUUUAGGUUUACUAGCUGUGUAAAACAGAUAUUUUAUGUGAACUGACUGUUUAGACAUAUACACUUUUUCUCGUUCAAGUCACAUGAGUUCGUGUCACCAUGUUAUUUUUGUAUGGCAGUUUGGUGACAUAUAUAUUGUUAUAUUUUGUAGUCGUUAUGUUGGCACGUUCAUACCUCUUUCGUAAAGGUGAAAUUAACUCUCGAUGUAGCAGACACAAAUAUUAAGUUUAUAUAUAUAUAUAUAUAUUGUUAUAACCCUAGUGGCGGACUGUAAGGGUUAAUGUGUGUGCGUCCUACUGACACACAUGAUUCAGGCCAAUCACACAGGUCAAGGGCUGUUGAACAAGGGACAUUACGGCGAGUUCACGCAAAUUUGACCCAUGUUGCGGUCAUGUGAUCGAGAGCCUUCACGGACUAGCGACAGUGUGUAACAUAGAGUAGAGUCCAGGAGAGCAAGCCGUAAGGACUGUGUGCUACCAAGUCCUUGAAACUGUAGCUGUACGAGUCUAGAAGUAGAUAGAGAAAGACUUGUAGUGUUUAGUAGGCAGUUCUAUUGUACAAGAAAGCAUUUGAAUUUGAUGUGGCAAAUUGUGUUUUAUUGGCUUUUCAUGUGAUUGUAAAUAAACCUCUACCUUGUUUAUUGAA